AGACUGUGAACUGCUUGGAGCCAUGAGGGUGAUACUGUUGGCUGUGGUUUAUAUCCCAUUCAUCGUGGCUCUGGAACGAAUCCCCUUGAUUCGAUUCAAAUCUAUCAAGAAACAGCUGAAGGAAAAGGGAGAAUUAGAGGAAUUUUGGAGGAAUCACCACCCUGAUGUUUUUGCCCGGAGGUAUCUGCAUUGUUUCCCUGCAGAUAUUGCUUUAUCAGUAGGAACUACUUCAGAAAGGCUGUAUGAUUACAUGAAUGCGCAGUACUACGGGGUUGUGAGCGUCGGGACACCGCCCCAGAGGUUCACUGUCGUGUUUGACACCGGCUCCUCCAACUUCUGGGUCCCGUCCGCUUAUUGCAUCAGCGAGGCCUGCAGGGUGCACCAGAAAUUUAAGUCCUUCAAGUCAGAUUCAUAUGAGCACGGAGGGGAAGCCUUCUCCCUGCAGUAUGGCUCAGGACAGCUUCUGGGCAUUGCUGGCAAAGACACACUGCAGAUAAGUAACAUCUCCAUCAAGGGACAGGACUUCGGUGAGUCGGUGUUUGAGCCAGGAACAACUUUUGUCCUUGCCCACUUUGAUGGUGUACUGGGCUUAGGCUACCCCUCCUUAGCAGUGGGCAAUGCUCUGCCUGUGUUUGACAGCAUCAUGAACCAACGCCUGGUAGAGGAGCCAAUCUUCUCUUUCUAUCUGAAAAGAGGAGAUGACACUGAGAAUGGCGGUGAGUUGAUUCUGGGGGGAAUAGACCAUUCUCGCUACAAAGGUUCAAUCCACUGGGUCCCAGUCACUGAGAAAAGCUACUGGCAAAUACACAUGAACAAUAUAAAGAUCCAGGGCCGGGUGGCAUUUUGCUCCCAUGGCUGCGAGGCCAUCGUUGACUCGGGCACUUCCCUUAUCACCGGCCCCUCUUCACAAAUCAGGCGAUUGCAGGAAUAUAUUGGGGCAAGUCCAUCAAAUAUUGGAGAGUUUCUCGUAGACUGCAGAAGACUGUCGAGCUUGCCUCACAUAAGCUUCACAAUCGGACACCGCGAAUACAAGCUGACAGCAGAGCAGUACAUCAUAAAGGAGUCUAUCGAUGACCAAACCUUCUGCAUGAGCGGCUUUCAGUCUCUUGACAUCCCCACUCGCACUGGCUCGCUCUGGAUUUUAGGAGAUGUCUUCAUGUCUGCAUUUUACUGUAUUUUUGACCGUGGGAAUGACAGAGUGGGAUUUGCAAAAGCUGUUCACAGGAAGGAUUACUACUGAGCUGUAAUAGCAUUUAUUCUGUCUUAGCUCAGGUUAAUGUAAUGAUCUUCAACAAUGUGAAGAAGAGUGUUUGCUGAAACUCUGGACCUAAAUGGGCAUUGUGUUGUCCCCAUCCAAGUUUUAAGGAAUUUGCUGUGAUCCUUGUCCCAGAUGAUAUAGUGUGAUUAAAUAUCUAUAUGUUUACAACGGAGAAACAGUUUUUCCUGAGUAACUCUCACACUACAGCUCUCAGAUAAAACAGAAGAGUGGCUCAGCACUCAGAUUUGCAAAAGAUCAGGAAGAAUGAAAAUGCUGAACUGUGCCAGGCUGAAAAGAUAGCAGCUAUGUGUGGGGAAAACUAAUCCUAGUCCUGCUUGGUCUGACUAUCCUUUUUUUUUUCUCUUGUGCACUAGUUUCCACCUCAUUUCUACAGCUUUCCUUUCCAUCAUUAUUUUCCAUGGUUUGGGUUUUGUUCAACUUAGUUUCCUGAGUGCCGUGGAAAUUCUCUUUAAAUUAGCUUGCUUCAACUAGCUUAUAUAAAAGGGAAUUUGACAGAUGCCUGUGUGGCCACUAACUUCAGCUAUUGUUCCUUGCAUGAUUUCCUGCUCCUUACACCACCUCUCAAACCUGCUUUUUCCCUGGGAUUCAUUAUCCCUUGAUAAUUCUCCUUUUUUUGGGUCUGGGCAUUUGAUGUCCAUGCCUUAGAUCAGAGGCUGCUUUUAGUGCCUGUCUCCUCUCCCUCUUGGCAGAGUGAGCAGCUGGAGCAGCAUCUAUUCAUGCUAGAAAACCCAGACCACAGUGUUCCUCCACCUCAGAUGAGUUAUGGGACCCAUGCACCAGCAUUACACAUCUACUGCCCCUUGCUCAGCCACUUCUUGUCAGCAGUGGCAGAAGUUUCGGAUGAAACAGCCACAGGUAGCUGCACUAAUUUGGCAAAAGAUUCACCUA